AUGGCGGUAUCCCUGAGAUGGAUGUCUCUGGAUCCUGUUGAUGUUCGUAAACCUUCGGCGGAGGCGGAGCUGGACCGCGGGUCGCUGGGUGGCGACGUCGGCAGCGGUGCGGGGCUCGGCUGGCGUCGGGGCGUCGCGGACUGCUGGGCGGCGACGGCGUCGAGCUCCGGCGCAGGGGUGCGUCGAAUCGGGCGGCACUCUGCCUCGGUGACAAGCGAGCAGGAGGCAACGGCGUUGGGUCGUCUGGCGGAGAACAGCAGCAGCGCCUCGAGCUACUGGGCGGUGGUGCAGUUGCAGGCGGAGCAGAGGGGGUCAGUGCAGGUUGCUGCAACGGGCGGUCAAGGCGGGGCCGCAAAGGUGUCGGGUGCUGGGCUGAGGCGAGCGGCGCGGUGGCGCGGCGAGGUCAGGAGCGGCAGGCUUCGGAGCUCCGGCGUCGGGCUGGGCAGCAGCAGGUCGCGGGUGCAGAGGCGCGGCAGUGGGCGUCGAUCCGGGUAG